UAUAUAACUAGUCUCGAGCCUUUUUGUCAAACGCUUGGCGCAACUUCAACUCAUUCCCCGUCGCUCCCCUCUGCAGGAGUGGAAGAAACCAUCCCGUCUAAUUUCGAAACCCCAAGUGAAAUUUCUCAACUGUAGGACUAAUCGAAAGUCACUUGAAUCCGAAUUUCUUUCUCCCAAUAGAAAUUCCUUAACCAGAAGCCUUUAUUUACAUGUUACCUCGUAAGGUUGAUUGGAAAUCAUUUGAACCAGAAUUUCUUUUCACCAUUUGAAAAUUCCUUAAUCAGAAAGAUUGAAAGCUUACUUCCUAAGGUUGCUUGAAAAUCGUUUGAAUCCGAAUUUUACAGAUAAUAUGGGCUACUUGAUGCGUUCAAAGUUCCUCAAAAUACUCUUCGUGUUUCUACUUGUAAUUACGCCAAUUAUGGCAACUGGACGUCACAUUGUUUUGGUUUUAGAUGAUGACGAUGCCUUAAAAGAAGGCGGGGACGGAGAAGGAGGUGCAGGGAGUGGAGACGGAGGUACGGUUGAGGCUUCUGAAACAGUAGCAAUGGAGGAUUCUGAAGAAUGGGACGAAUUUGGAUAUUCAGAGGACAGAUCAGAGGAGGAGCUUGAUCCGGGGUCAUGGAGAAGGGUUUUGGAGGAUGCCUCGAGCAACGAAAAUAUAUCUGCAGAUGGCCGCUUAUAUGUUUCUGGUUUGAAUAAGAUGAUGUUUGCUGUAAGUGAGGGUGAUCCAGAACUCAUGAAAGAAGCUGUAACAGAUCUUCAGCUGGCUGCUGAUGGUGGCCAUGCACAUGCCCAAUCAACACUCGGGUUUUUGUAUGGGAGUGGAAAUGGAGUGGACCAGAGCGAUGCAAAGGCUUUCUUGUAUCAUCAUUUUGCUGCAGAAGGUGGGAAUUUUCAGUCAAAGAUGGCACUGGCUUACAUCUAUCAUCGCCAGCAGAUGCAUGAAAAGUCUGUGAAGCUUUAUGCAGAACUUGCAGCAGUUGCAGUUGCUAGCUUUUUCAGUGCCAAAGAAUCUCCAUUAAUUGAGCCAGUGAGGAUAAAUGAUGGAGCUGAAGAGAACAAAGAAGCACUAAGGAAAUCACGUGGUGAGGAAGAUGAUGAUUUUCAGAUUAUAGAAUAUCAGGCCCAGAAAGGGAAUGCAAUGGCGAUGUAUAGACUUGGUAUCUUCUACUACUUUGGUUUGAGAGGGGUACGCCGUGAUCAUGCAAAAGCAUUAAUAUGGUUUCAUAGAGCUGUUGAGAAGGGGGAUUCACAUUCCAUGGAGUUUCUUGGUGAAAUUUAUGCACGAGGUUCUGGAGUAGAGAGGAACUACACCAAGGCACUGGAGUGGCUAAAGGCUGCUUCUAGGCAAAAGUGGUUUUCUGCAUAUAAUGGCAUUGGCUAUUUGUAUGUCAAGGGUCAGGGAGUGGAUAGCAAGAACUUUACCAAGGCUAAAGAAUACUUCAAAAAGGCAGCAGAACAUGAUGACCCUAAUGGACAUUACAGCUUAGGUGUUCUAUACUUGAAAGGAAUGGGUGUAAAAAAAGAUGUAAAGCUAGCUUGUAGGCAUUUUAUAACAGCAGCUAAUACUGGUCAACCAAAGGCAUUCUAUCAACUUGGAAAGAUGUUCCACAAUGGCAUUGGUCUGAAAAAGGAUCUGGCUAUGGCUGCUAUAUUGUAUAAACUUGUCGCAGAGAGGGGUCCCUGCGGAUCUCUAUUAAGAUGGGCUCUAGAGUGUUAUUUGAAAGGUCAAACUGGCAAAGCUCUACUGUUAUACUCAAGGGUGGCUGAACUUGGAUAUGAGGUAGCACAGAGCAAUGCUGCAUGGAUUCUUGACAAGUAUGGAGAAUAUGACAUAUGUAUAGGAAAGUCAGGCUUUUGUUCUGAUGUUGAAAGACAUCAACGUGCACAUACCCUUUGGUGGCAUGCCUCAGAGCAGGGUAAUGAACAUGCGGCACUACUGAUUGGGGAUGCCUAUUAUUAUGGCAGGGGCACUGAUAGAGAUUUUGAGCGUGCUGCGGAGGCUUAUAUGCAUGCUCACUCACAAGGGAAUGCCCAGGCUAUGUUCAACCUUGGGUUCAUGCAUGAACAUGGAGAAGGGCUUCCUCUUGAUUUGCAUUUGGCGAAAAGAUAUUAUGAUCAGGCUUUAGAGACUGAUGCUGCUGCCAAGUUGCCUGUGAUGCUUGCACUUAUGAGUGUAUGGUUGAGAAAGAAUUAUACUGGGAGCAGCCUUGUGGCAUUAAUUGAUUCUCUGCCUGACAUACUUCCCAGAUUAUUGGAAUGGUUGAAGAAAACUCUUCUUGAUGAUGGCAAUGUGACUAUACUUACACUUGUUGCCUGCCUUUUGACAGUCUUGUAUCUCCGUGAUAGACAAAGACGUAUAGCUGCUCCUGCAGUUCCUCAGCCACAAAUUGGCAAUAACUGAUGUCUAACAUUUCUGAGGCCUUUGUUGUCUACUUCCACUUUUGUAGGCAAGGGGUUCUCAUAUAUCCCAUGUGAUCAGUUAUCUGAUGAGAGAUCUUUUCUUGUUGAAUUGCCAUUUUUAGUUAUCGAUGUCAUUAGUCAUGCAUUCAAUAUUUGUUAUACCCCUUAAUCUGAAAUUAAAAUCUUAGAAGUGGACCCUGUUGGUACUUUAAGGUCUUGUUUUAUCUCAAUGAACAUAUCUUAAUUUCAGUUAUAGCAUUACUAAGGAUUUACAGCAGGAGA